AUGGACCUUCAACCAAUGGACUACAUACAGGUUACUCUCACGCCGGAGGGCUGGGACUACCUGCUCACAGGCACAGACGAGCAAGUGCUAUGUUACGCUCUCAAAUUUGUGCACAAAAUAGUCAACAGACAAUUUACGAGUGCUUAUGCCAUGAUGUCUGCUGAGUGCAGCCGGAUGUGGCCCAUCCAUAAGUUAGAGGAGACGUACAACUUGAUGGUACAGGACCUCUUGAGCCCGCAAAUCGACCCCUGCCCGAUCACAUACAUGACGCAGUGGCACUACAUGCGUGAGGACCAUAUCGGCUGGGCGUACGUGCCCGUUACCGCUGACGGCAUGGUGGAGGCCAUCACCAUGGUCGUGGCCGAACAACCAGACCGCGCCAACCUCAUCCCCGACACAGUUGACCGAAUCACCACCCCCAACGGCUCCAUCGAACUCCUGAGCAACCUCCCCACUACCUUUUGUAUCGACGAAGUCGAAUUCGGACGGCCGUAA